CCCCGUACAUGGGAAAGACCGUCCCCUGAGGUGAGUGUUUGUUUUUGGGCGGCAAAUAGAACUAUUCUCGAUGCCAGGAGAAGUAAGCACCAAGUGAUUCUGGGCGAUUUCAACGCAACUCCUGGUUUACGCCGUAAUGAAGAGCGAUACAUUGGUAACAAUUCCUCAGGAGCUCGAAAUCACCGUGGACAAAUGUUGGCCGACUUUUGUGAGGAAAGAAAGCUAUUUCUUGCUAACUCGUUCUUCAAAAAGAGACUUGACGAUCGGUGGACAUGGCGAAAUGAUGCCUUGGGACUGAAGAAAGAGAUUGAUUAUGUAUUGUUGAGAAGUAUGAAGGGCGUUGUCGAUGUAGGAGUGCUCACUAGUGUUAACACGGGGAGUGAUCACCGCAUGUUAAGAUGUAAAAUACGUCUGAAUCCGAUCUCACAACUUCGUAUACUUUCACUGACUGCGGACACGUGA